ACAGGAAGUUGUAAGCAUUGUGGGACGUGUAGUUCCGCUUCGAGGCCGAUCGGCUUGAUAACAACGCGAGGAAGAACGAAACAAAAAUAAAUUAGACAAAACUUCAAUAGAAUAACAAGUUUAUCAGAUUUUCGUUGGAAUAAACAUGCCUGGAUUCACCUGCUGUGUCCCUGGCUGCUACAACAACUCUCAUCGGGACAGAGAGCUGCGGUUCUACACAUUUCCAAAGGAUACCACGCAAAGGGAGAUUUGGCUCAAGAACAUCUCCCGGGCCGGGGUGAGCGGCUGUUUUAGUACCUUCCAACCCACUACGGGACACCGCGUCUGUAGCGUACACUUUCCCGGUGGCAGAAAGACCUAUACCGUUCGAGUACCGACGCUCUUCCCGCUGAGAGGAGUGAAUGAACGCAAGAAUCGAAGGGGCAGGAACAGGAAAGCGUCUGCGGCGGCUCCUGUUCCAGCCCCCAGUCCAGGCAACAUUGUCAUCACCAACGUUGUUUCGACAGCCCCAGAUGCCGCUGAGACCGCUCAGAGCGAUGCAGUCACCGACAUAGCUGCUACUGAUGGCCCUAUCCUGGUGCAGAUCGGUCCGGACGGCGAAUACCUCGGACCAAUAAAUCCAGCCGCGCAGGGUGACGGGUCCUGUUUUACUGCAGUCGUCUCCAGCUCCACUGACCUGGCCAGGGGCGACGACCCCCCUGCAGACUCCGCGGCCACUGCCCAGCAGCAGACUGUGCAGUACUGCAGCGUUGUCAGCAACCCGCUGGACCACGCGUACUCGCUGACCACCGGGACCACCUCGGCCGAACUGCUUCGGAAGCUGAAUGAGCAGCGGGACAUCAUCGCACUCAUGGAAGUGAAAAUGAAGGAGAUGAAGGCAACCAUCCGCCAGCUGCGCGUGACCGAGGCCAAGCUUCAGGAGGAGGUGCGCGAGCGGGACCGUUUGCUGUCGGCAGGAGCAGCGGUAAAGAAAAUGUGACCAUCAUUCCCACCCAAAUGAUGGAUAACUAAAGACCGUCGCGACCUAAGACUCUAACGUGAGAUGAAGGGGUCCGUGGAGAACAGAGCAAACCCUCUUUUUUACGAAAGCGAUGAGAAUUUAUUUUCAAUAGAGGGAUAGCAACUUGUUGGUCUACUAAUGCUAUUUUUGGCUAGCUAGUUGAUAGUAAUAAUCCCAUAGUUGCCUAUAAAACAUUGCCCAGUUUAGUCCACCCAUGUGUUUGCUAAGUGCAAGCAGCCUUUUAGGAGAGUGUAAAAUCAUUGACGAGUUCUUGUGGAUCGCCUGGCUGCAACUCUGUAGCCUACUUUCGACAGAACAUUUAAAGGGAGAUGGGGGAAUUAUUAGGCCAUUGUUUUGUUGUUAAGCUGUUUGUGUUUGUAUGUCAGUGUCUGCAGUUGAAUUCUCCUUGCAGUAUAUUAAACACCAGCUUUUCAGCUCAGAGGCCAUCCUCCAAAACAAGGUUGCUUUGUGACUCUAACUGUGGGAAGAUGUGUUGUGCAUCAUGAAAGUGUGUGUGUUUAUCAGGUGCCUAUUUCCACCAGAGACCUGGCUUGAUCCAUGGCUCCAUCUGGUUGUAAGACUUUAACACCACCUAGAGGUUCACUGUGACUGGUGUCUCAACCUUCUCCUCCCAAAUGGUUUGCUACAGUAUCUGCAGUUGGCACUCACGUAUGGAUAUUAUGUUAACCUCUGACUGUUGAACUUUGACCUGACAGCAAUGACUGUUCUGAAACUUAAACCAUAUCCAUUUGAAGUAAAUUUCAUUUUAAAAUAAUA